AUGAUUGAUGCCAGGAAUGAGAAUUGUGCAGCUGUGAAUGUGAAACCGGUGACAUUGGAGUUGGGCGGAAAAGCUUCGCUGAUCAUUUUUGAGGACGCAGAUGUUGAUUCAGCUGUUUCUGGUGCAAUGAUGGCCAAUUUUUUCAGUCAAGGGCAAGUGCUGGUACAACGAAAGUUAGUCGAUGAAUUCGUCGCGAAGCUACGUGAGAAGACAGCUGCCAUGCGCGUUGGUGAUCCACUUGACGAAAAAACCAAAGUUGGCGCAAGUAUCUCAAGACAACAUCUGGAAAAAGGUACGUCAAUUCCCGAGUCAUGUCGUGCAGAUGCGUCACAGUUUCGAGUCCGAAAUGCUUAA